AUGCCGGAAACGAUGCCAAAACCAAAAGUAAGUCUUGGUAAAAAGAUCAGCAAUAUGGUACACGAUGCACCGAACAAGAUAAAAAAUAGUUUAAGAGCAACUGUUCAUCGUGAAUCAGAUAAACAUUUUAUUCAUGGUGAAAUUCACAGAGUCAAUGCUAAUCAAGCUGCAAAAAAGGGAAAUCAUGCGCAAGCAGCAGCGAGUAAUGCGAAGUCUACCGCAAGUUAUGCAGGCAAGACAAUCAUUGUGACAGGCGCUUCAUCUGGAUUAGGAUUUGAGGCAGCAAAGAAGCUGGCUGUGCUGGGCACUUCUCAUCUCAUCUUAGCGGUACGUGAUGAAGAUCGAGGGAAAAGAGCAAAGGAACGCAUACAAGAGGCAAUUCACAACACCAAAAUAACAUCUAGGAUUGAUACUUGGAUGCUAGAUAUGACAGAUUAUGACAGCAUCAUCGCAUUCACACGAAAAAUCAACAAUGAAUUACCUCGUUUAGAUGCUGCAAUCUUGAACGCUGCUGUGAUGAAAAAGCAGGCAAAUUCGUCAAAAUAUGGAUGGGAAGAAACACUGCAGGUCAAUACGCUUUCUACCAUUUUGUUGGGUCUUCUUUUGCUACCAAAACUUAGGGCAACAUCGUCCGUAGCAGACACAGACACACCUGUACUGCAAUUCAUCACCUCAGCCUUAUAUCUUCGACAACACUUCAAUACAAACGAACAACAAAAAGAAGCUGGAGGGCUUCUUCAGUCGUACAAUCCAAAAAACGAGAGCUUCAGCACCUUUGCGCAAUAUGGUCGAAGCAAGUUAUUGAUGAUGUAUGCGAUCUCCCAUCUUGCAGGCCUUAUCUCACGAGAUGAAGUAAUCGUCAAUUUUGUCUCACCUGGUAUGGUAGCAACAGAUUUAUCCAGAGAGCUUGAGAUCCCACUCGGAUAUCUAACAAAGCCCAUCUUUUCAACGUUGUUUCAACGAUCUGCCGAACAAGGAAGUCGAUCUUAUGUAAGUGGUUUAUUACAGGGCCCUGAUUCACAUGGUAAAUUUUGGCAACAUGAUGAAUUGAAAGAUUUCACACCAAAUGAGAUCAAAGACGAACAAGGCAAUAAUAUCUCAUCACAAGUAUGGCAAGCUAUUGUUGAAUGCUUGCAAAAGGAUAUAAAAGAUGAACAGUUGCAAAAUGCAAUCCAAAGCUUGCAGCAAUGA